AUGGGUCAAAGGAGAGUCAACUGGUACAAAGUCAGUGCUGUUAACAUGGAGAUCCGGUGGUUUAAGGGCACAGACUGUGUUUGUGUCUAUAAGAACAGACAGGAGACAAAGGGGAGAGGUUACGAGGGCAGAGCGAGUCUGAUCACUCAGGAGCUGGAGACAGGAAACGUCUCCUUACAGCUGAGAGACUGUGAAUUUUCAGAUUACGGACAUUACCUGUGUCAGGUCACUGAUGGAGACAGAACAGAGGAGAUUACAGUAGCGAUGGAGUUUGUGUUGGUGUGUUUGCCUGUGAGUCUGUUUGUGAGUCUUGGUGUGUCUAUUAAACUAAUUUUUUUCUGUGUGUGUGUGUGUGUGUGUGUGUGUUCCUACACAGAUGAGUUUAAACUCAUUGGCCCCAGUGAUAUAGAGUUGUAUAAUCACUCUGCUGUCACUCUCUCAUGCCGUCUGUCUCCUAAAAUCAGUGCUGUUAACAUGGAGAUCCGGUGGUUUAAGGGCACAGACUGUGUUUGUGUCUAUAAGAAGAGGCAGGAGACAAAGGGGAGAGGUUACGAGGGCAGAGCGAGUCUGAUCACUCAAGAGCUGGAGACAGGAAACGUCUCCUUACAGCUGAGAGACUGUGAAAGUUCAGACAGAGGACAUUACCUGUGUCAGGUCACUGAUGGAGACAGAACAGAGGAGAUUACAGUAGAGAUGAAAUUAGAUGAAAAAAACAAACAGCUGAAGGUUCUAAAAGAACGUUUAGAGACUAAUGAGAAGACUCUUACUGAGAGAGGUGCAGUGUUAAUGGAAACAAAUAAAAAACUUCAAAAUGCCUCUGAAGAAAUGAAGGAGAAAAACACACAACUGGAGAAUAUGAACAAACUGCUGAGUGAGAAAGAAACCCAGCUGAAGAAGACAGAUAAAGAGCUGGAAACCAGUAAAAAUAAACUGGAGACACUGGGAGAGGAGCUGCAGGACAAGAAGAGACAACUACAGGAGCAGAUGAUCGUACUGGAGCAACAGAAAACUGAGUUAGCAGAAAAAAACAAACAGCUUGAAGAGAAAAAGAGACUUCUAACUGAGAGAGAGACACAGCUGAUGGAAAGAGACAAACAGCUUCAGGAGAAUGACAAGACACUAGAAAAGAAGGACACACUGCUCAGAGAGGUCAAAGAAGAAUUGGGAAAAACAAAUUUGGCAUUAGAAGAGAAUCAGAUACAGUUGAAAGACAGACAGAGACGACUGGAGGACAUGGGGAAAGAACUGGAAACCAGUAAAAGCAAACUACUAGAAAGAGACAAACAGCUUCAGGAGAAAGACAGAGAUGUGGUUGAAAAUGUAAAAACACUGCAGAUGAAAGAUGAGGCUCUGGAAGAGAAGGACACACAGCUCAAACAGAUAAAAACUGAAUUGGAGGAAACAAUUAAGAAAUUUGAAGAGAGUCAGCGACACAUGGAGGAGAAAAAAACACAACUGGAGAAUAUGAACAAACUGCUGAGUAAGAAAGAAUCCCAGCUGAAGAAGACAGAUAAAGAACUGGAAACCAGUAAAAAAGAAAUGGAGACACUGGGAGAGGAGCUGCAGGACAAGAAGAGACAACUACAGGAGCAGAUGAUCAUAGUGGAGCAACAGAAAACUGAGUCAGCAGAAAAAAACAAACAGCUUGAAGAGAAAGAGAGACUUCUAACUGAGAGAGAGACACAGCUGAUGGAAAGAGACAAACAGCUUCAGGAGAAAGACCGACUUCUAGAGGAGAAAACAAAGCAGCUGCAGGAACAGACAGAUCCAGAAUCAUCAGCCCCCAUCAGGAGAAGAAACAGCAAGGAAGAGUUACAUCCAAACAUGAGUGGAGAAUCGUCUCGUCCAGAUUCUCCAGUGUUGGUUCCUGUACCAGAACUGAGACUGGUGCUGCUGGGGAGGACAGGGUCUGGGAAGAGUGCAGCAGGAAACACCAUCCUGGGCAUAGAGGAGAGGAACCAGGCUGCUACAGCUACAUUUCCAUCCACCCAGCAGAGUGAGCGCCCACAGAGAGAGGUGGCUGGGAGGAAGGUGACUGUGGUGGACACUCCUGACUGGUUCUCACCUGAACUGUCUCUGGAGAAACUGAGAGAAGAUGUGGGACUCUGUGUCCAUCUGUCUGCUCCAGGACCCCACACCUUCCUCCUGGUCAUACCUGUAAAGCAGUCUACAGGAGAGGAGAGAGGGAUGCUGGAGAAAAUGGAGGAGAUUUUUAGAGAGAGAUGUUGGAGAAACACCAUGAUCAUAUUCAGUGUUACUGAUGAACUUCAGAAGAAGAACAUUGAGGAGUUUAUCCAGUCAGGAGACCAGGAGGUCCAGAGACUUGUAGAGAAAUGUGGGAACAGGUUUCACUGUCUCAACAUUAAGGAGAGUGGAGAUGGUUCUCAGGUCUUAGAGCUGCUGGAGAAGAUAGAGAAGAUGGUGGAAGGAAGCAGAGAGAAAUUCUACAGCAGUGAGAUCUACCUGGAGACAGAAUCUCAGAUCAGAGCGAUAGAGACAAAGAUCCUGAAGGAAAGAGAAGAGAAAAGGAUGAGAGAGGAGAUGGAAAUGAAGGAAAAAAUAGAAAAGGAGGUGCAGGAUUCUCUGAGAAAGAUAGAGGGAGUGAUCCAGGAGCAUGAAGGAGACAUCAGACAACUUAACGCCCGAACAACUGAUCUGGAAAGAAAGAUGAAAGAAGAGAGGGAUGAAGAGAAAAAGAAAGAACUUGAGAGGGAGCUGAAACGAGAGGUAGAAAGAAGGACAGAGAUGGAAGAGAAGGUGAAGAAACUAAAAGAAAAGAGAGAGCGAGAGAGGAGAGAGAUGGAGGAGAGACACCAAAAGGAGAUGGAGGAGAUCAGAGAGGUGUAUGAAGGAGAGGUCAGGAUGGAGGCAGAGAGAAACAUCAUGAAGAUCAUCCUGCCUGAACUCCAGAGAAACAUUUUAGCCUCAAAAACAAAGAUGCAGGAAGAGUUCAGCAGACAGAUGGAGGAGAAGCACAGAGAGCUGGAGACUCUGAAACAGAAAAAUUCAGAGCUUUCGGAGAUUCUCAGACUGAGGGAAGAAGUGUACCGGACAACAGUAAUGAGCGUAACGUAUCAGAACCAGCAGCAGGUUUAAGCUGAGUUUACGCCGCUUGUAUGACUUUGGGCUUGAAUUUGCUGUUGUAGGCAAAAAUCACACGUCAUAACAGAAUUCUUUUAUUGUUACUUCAGAUCAGAAGUCUUAUAUUUCAGAGCAUGACGUGCUCAUCAGUGGGUUAUUUUGUUUCACUGUAAACAAAGACAGUCAUUGAUAAAGUUAUGGCAUUUUGAACAUUGAAAUGUCAGAGUGAAAGCGCUGCUUGGACGUUCAUCUAAACCUCACUAACAGGAGGACGGUACAGGAUUCUACUAAACUCACAGAACACGAACAAAUAUAGUCGUAGCAGUGGUGAAAAACUGUAAUGAGGAAACUAAUGCUGUUAUACCACAACUUUUUUUUUU